AUGUCGAAGCCAUAUUUUAUUCAAGGUGACAGAAAUCGAGUGACAAGUGAUGAACGAAUGGUGCAGCUCGACGAACUAGAUGAAUGGCAAAUAAAUGUUGAAGAGCAAUCGAGAAAAUACAAUGAAGAAACAAAGCAACUCCAUGAUGUGCAUGUAAGGAGGCUGAGCUUAUUCAAGGUUGGGGACAAAGUACUGCUAGAAAAAUUGGAGCCACGGAUGUUUCCUUCGGAGCUUAAGUCAAGAGGGUCAAACCCAUUUGUGGUACUAAACAUUUUUCCAUACGGUACAAUUGAGGUAGCACAUUAUGAAUUCAACACAUUCAAGGUAAACAGUACUUGUCUCAAACGUUAUUUUGGUAGUAAAACUGAUAAUGAGAGAGAGAAGCUCCAGCUCCAAGAUCCAUCGUAA